AGAGUAGUGGAGCAUUUUUUUUUGCUCACCAUUGGGAGAGAAAUUGUGAAAAAAAUAUGCCCAUAGGCAAAACAAAUUUGUUGAGAGAGAAAGUGGGUAGAGAGAUAAUGGGUGGACAUUUUUUUUGCUCAUCAUUAAGAGUGGUCUAAGGACAAAUUCUUUAUUUAUAUCUAUAAGGGUAAAUUCGUAAACAAAUUUUAUUUUGCGGACGUUAAUUAGAUAUUUGAAGGCGGUAUUUAACAACCUCUCAAAUAAAAAAGAGCAAACGCCUCAAAAAAAAGUAAAAUGAAUAGUCGGAUGAAAAAACCAUUUGCCUUCCCUCCAAAUUCAGGAUUUCUUCCUGCUAUUCCUCGAUAACCCUAAUUUAGAUUUCCAAGUAGAAAUAAGGAAAUUGAAGAUGAGGAAAUGAGGUCAAAUUCGUUGCUUCUUCCCUUGCAAAUUAAUCUGAGGAGAAUUUGAAGUUGUAAUCUGGGGUACAUUGAACACUGGUGUUUAAGGAGCAUUAGUAAUGGACUCAAUUAACUUCACCAAAAUGAGCCGUGGGCGAGUAUUUUGGUCAGACUUGUCCCCGGAGUUGUUGUCAAAAAUUGUUGCAUGCCUUGAGAGUCGAUCGGACACCCAGAACUUUCGGGCAGUUUGUAAGGCAUGGAAGAGAUCAAUCACUUUACAUGAUCUCACCUCAGAGAACAUAUUAUCCACUAUUUUCCCCUACUUUCUAGCAACCUGCGCUGGAAGUUGGUUAGAUGAUAGCGCUCCUUUCUCACCGGUUGUAAUGGCGAGUUAUGUUUUACUCUUUCGAUCAACUCACGAUCCUAAGCUCCCACCCUGGUUAUUUACUACUGAAUAGUUGCACCCUGGUAAGUUGUUUGUGAGCAGAUUCCUCUCACCAAUCGCCAUUAAAUUAUUGCCCACCGGUUUCCCAAGGAAAUUGGAUUUAUCUUACAUUCAACUAUCUGAGUUAGCUGUAUUCCAUAGGUUAAGGUUUGUUGAUGCUCCUAGAGAUAUGUUUGGGAAGAAGAGUCUUCCAGAGUUCAACGAUAAUAGGGUGGUUUUGUUUGUAAAUCCUAAUUGUAGUAAAACUUACCCUACAAUUGGUGAUUGUACUGCCAUAGUUUUACAUCAUAAAGGGGCCUUAUGUGCAAUAAGGCUUAAAGACAAGUGAGAGUUAAAGGUGAGAUUCCGGGAAUCCUAUCUAGGGGUGGAAAAGUUUGAUGAUAUAGUUAAUUUUAAAGGAAAGAUUUAUGCUAUUGAUCGCAGAUGCAGAGUCUUUACGAUGGAUUACAAUACCUUAUCAUUGUUGCUCUUGAUAGAAAAGCCAGUACUUGAGUUUUCAUGUUAUAAGAGACGUCUAGCUGUAUCAAGUGAUCAUCAAGAAUUGUAUUUGAUUGAUAGAUUGUGUAGGCAUGGAACAAGAGAUGGAAUAGAUUUUACCAUUUAUAAGUUAAACAAGGACGAGACAAAAUGGGAUGUAGUUGAAGGGGUUGGUGAUGAUAAGAUACUAUUUGUAACUUUUGAUGAGAGUUUCUUUGCCUCAGUGGAGGAUUUUCAAGGCUGGAAAGGCAAUUGCAUUGUCUUCUAUAGAGGUUGUUCCUCUCUUCCCGAUCAAGAUGAUUCACUUUUUGCUUAUAAUUUUUAUGGUGGUGAUUGUCAAUAUUUGGCAUCUUAUCAAUCUAGAGUGUUCUGGCCACCUCCAACUUGGCUAUCAUCAAAUGCGCUUAUGUCCAAAUGGGCAACAAAGGAAGAUGAGCAGACUCAAUCUGAUGUUGACAGUGAAGUUGGUGAAUUCCCGACUCCAAUUAAACUUGACCUUGUGGUUGUGGAACAAUUUGUUGAGGCACCCUCUAUCUCUGAAGCACGAGGAAGCAUCUCACGAGUUAUGACACAUUCAUACUUUUUAAUUGCAGAGGGGUCUGAAGUUUCAGCAGAGCUUGAGUUUCCCAAUCAACAGAAUCUAAUCCUAAGCAUGGAGAAUAAAGCUCUUAAGCAACGUUUGGAAAGCUUGGCCCAGGAGCAGCUCAUCAAACACCCUAAGUUGGAGCAUGAAGUUUUGGAAAGAGAAAUAGGCCGUCUUCAGGCUUUGUACCAACAGCAGCAGCAGCAGCCACACCAGCCACUUCAGCGGCCGUCAUCUAGCCACAGACGUACAAAUAGCAGAGAUCUUGAUUCACAGUUUGCAAAUCUCAAUUUAAAGCAUAAGGAGUGUAGUUUAGGGCUUGACUCCUUCAGUGGUCCAGUUGGUAUUUGAACCUUGGGAUUGUCAGAGGAAUUUGUAUCUGCUUUGUGUCCUUCAAUCACACUGAUGCCAACCUUGGGAUUGUCUUUUUUUAAUUUUUUUCUUCAGUUUUUUAAAGUGUAAUAUUACA